UAUUUUGGUAUUUAAUUUAACAUAAUCUUUGGUUUCUGAAAACAAUUAUUGUUAGCAACAUUCUGUGGAAGGUAGUAUACCAGAAGAGUUUGACGAAAAAAUGCGACACACUUUUGAAAAGUUUACGCUGCACGCUAAGAAAGCUGCCGGAGAAGCAUCCAAGCAAGCUUUAGAAGUUUCCAAGCAGGCUGCUGGCGUCAGCAAACAUACCUUCGACGAUUUGACCUACGUCAGCAAGUCCACCAUUGGCGAUCUUACGAAAACUGCUAAGGAAGCGGCAACCAAGAAGGGCAUCAUUAAGAUGGAAGAUCAUAGUCAUGCACCGGGGCAGCAAAUUGCUACACAAAAACAAAUGCAAGGCUCCGGCGGCAACUUUUUUUCAUCGAUUGGCAGCGACUUCAAUGGACUUGCCUCUUCGACGUCCACCAUGUUUUCAGGCAUGUUCGGUGGCAAAAAGAAUCAGCAAAAGCAACAACAACAACCCCGCGUACAUCAGAGUGCUGGCAACAUGCAGCAAAAAUCAAAAGCGGGUGUUAAUUUCGACCCAUUUCCAAGUCGAAAAGGUCUAGUAGAACGCACACCACUCAUCAAACACUCUGGGCCGGGACAAACGCAGGAAGACAUCACGCGGCAACAAAAUCAAGAACGCUCGCACAGUAAUUCAGAAAAUCAGACCUUUUUGAAGGAUGUCAUCACACAGGUACUAGCCGGAGAGGGUGUUGGUUGGUUGAAGAUGAAUCGUUUAAAAAAACUAAUGGAAGACGAAUCCUAUCGUACGUUGGUGCUGAGUAAACUCAAUAAAACUUUGGACAAGAAAAUUAUGCCAGACGAUCACAUAGACGAUGUGUGUGUUCCAAAACCGGUUUGGAAAGGCAUGUUAAAGUGUCUACAGGCUCUAACAGCUGGAUUUGAGGUCACUUAUUCCAAUUUUGGGCUAGGUGGCAUGGCGUCGGCAUUUCAAAUGAUGGAGAUCGCACACACUCACUAUUGGAGCAAAGAGCUUAAUGAAACUACCGACAUGUCUUCGAGUUUGCUAUCCAGUCAUGCGACAAGUCCCAUGGGAAGCCGUGAGAAUCUCCGUUCUCCAUCAAGUCCUAUGGAUUCGAACUCAGGUUUGGGCAGCGAAUGGGCAUCGCCGCAGGAAUCGCGUAAAAGUUCCUCACAAACUGAUCGUGCUGGGCACAUGGUUGGCACAGCAGCGACUUCGGCUGCAAAUAGGCGUAUGUCUUCGGCCGACAGUCAGGAUGGACAGUCGACUACGGAGAUGUUUAAGGAUAUGCUGGCGCAAAAGCGGACAGCACUUUUAAGCAAGCUUACCUCAUUUGACUCGGACGGUGCCGGCUCCACAGGUGCUCUGUCAGUUGUUAGUGAUCUCCUACCUGCUGGUAGCUUGAAUGUACGUAUGCCCGCUAGUUGUCGAUCAACGGUAUCCGAUACCGAAUACGAAAAUACUACAACGUCAAAGGACUCAAAACGUAGCUCCGGCAAUAUUUGGUCUGGAAAAUCAACGCUCAGCGCUGGAUUUAGGUAUACAGGCGGACAUUUGAUUAAUACGUCUUCCUCUCCAUCACCUGAUACUCCUAGAGUGUACCUUUUUGAAGGAUUGAUUGGACGGGAUCGUUCGAAUUUGUGGAACCAAAUGCAAUUCUGGGAGGAUGCCUUCUUGGAUGCAGUGAGCCAAGAACGCGACAUGAUCGGAAUGGAUCAGGGACCCAUCGAAAUGAUGGAGCGUUAUAAAGCACUUAGCGAAGAGGAACGUAAACGGUUAGAGCACGACGAAGAUCGACUACUCUCGACAAUGCUGUACAAUCUCACUGCCAUUUUGGUAAUGUUGGGCGUUAACAAAGAGGAAAUACGUCGUAAGAUCCGUCGUCUUUUGGGCAAAAGUCACAUUGGUUUGGUUUAUUCAACCGAAGUGCACAAUGUCGUAGACCAAAUAAAUAAUCUCAAUGGCAACGAUAUCGACUUAAAGCCGCUUGGGUCGAGACUUCUGCAUCACCAGAGUUUCACCGUACAUCCCGGUUCUGAUGCCAACGGCCCACUUCUAUUCAUGGAGGUGCGCGACGAUGGUCUAGUGGUACGCUCCGUUGAUGGCACAAUCGUAGAACGUUGGUUCUAUGAGCGCCUUGUAAACAUGACGUACUCCCCUAAAACUAAAGUACUCUGCCUCUGGCGUCGCAAUGGUGGACAAAUACAACUCAAUCGCUUCUAUACUCGCAAGUGCAGGGAACUGUACAACUGCAUUAAGGAGGCCAUGGAGCGCAGCGGCACACCGAAGAAUGUGCCAGAGUUGGGUGGUGAGUUCCCAGUGCAGGAUAUGAAUACCGGCGAGGGUGGCCUAUUGCAGGUGUGCUUGGAGGGAGUUGGUUUGUUAUUUUCUAACAGCAAGGUAAGUAAAUUGGUUUUAAAUAACUACGAGUAGGUAUAUAAAAACUAU